UUUUAAAACUUUAAAAGCUAUGGAUCGAAUCAAAAUAUCACUGCAAGAACCUUUGCGCGGCGGCAGUGCUGAAAGCAUUAGAAUAUCAAAGCGUGGUGGCAAUCAUUUUUGUGUUUGCGUUGCUAUUGCCGUAUCGAUAGCCAUCCUGGUACUUGAAAUUUGGUGUCUUGUGCAGAUUCUUUUCUCUAUCAAACAUCUCAAACAGAACGGAGAGUCAGUAAACGAAUCUCACUAUAAUAGCUACUCAUCGACAAGUUCCGACAUCGUCCAAGUGCCUUGUAACCGAUCAGCACCAUGUAACCUACUGUCUGGGCCGAGGAACACUGCUGAAUUGUUGAAACUGAUGCUUGGAGUACGUCGUCAGACACAAGUGAGAAAGAAGAAGAGCCGGAAUCAUCUGAAACAAACAUUAAACGUCCACUUUACCCUCAAUCAAAGUCAUAAUCAAUCUCUUAUUUGGACUCAUUCCUUACAUGGUAGGGAAUACGAGAGUGACGGAACUGUCACAAUAACAGAGAACGCUACAUAUGGAUUGUAUAACACAUUUACGUUACAAUCUCCCCGGCAUGGUGGUGAUGAAGUGGUAGAGAUUCAGCAUCAAAUCAACCUUGAACGCCCCUCAGAACAUUAUUCACCUGAUGCGCUUCUGAAGGAGACUAUCAAAUUGAGUCCCUCUCCUCAAUCUUACGUGGAACAUGGGUUCUUUGAGUUCGUGUAUUUGCACGAAGGCGAUCGAAUUUACCCUGUUUUAUCAAACACAUCAUAUAUCUAUAACGCGAGACACUCAAGCUCCUGGGGACUGUUUCAGAUCACUUAGAUAAUGUGGUUGGUUUGACAGUUUCCCUCCGAGGAUGACAGGCAUCAGAGUUUGAUUCGACAGUUUCUUUCCAGAAGAUAACAGACAUCAGUGUUAGGUUCGACAGUUUCUUUCCAGAAGAUGACAGACAUCAGUGUUAGGUUCGACAGUUUCUCUCCAGAAGAUGACAGCAUCAGUGUUUGGUUCGACAGUUUCUCUCCAGAAGAUGACAUGCACUGGUGUUUGGUUCGACAGUUUCCCCUCCGCGGAUGACAGGCAUCAGUGUUUGGUUCGACAGUUUCCCCUCCAAGGAUGACAGAAUCAGUGUUUGGUUCGACAGUUUCCCCUCCAAGGAUGACAGACAUCAGUGUUUGGGUCGACAGUUUCCCCUCGAAGGAUGACAGAAUCAGUGUUUGGUUCGACAGUUUCCCCUCCAGAAGAUAACAGGCAUCAGUGUUUGGUUCGACAGUUUCCCCUCCAAGGAUGACAGACAUCAGUGUUUGGUUCGACAGUUUCCCCUCCAAGGAUGACAGGCAUCAGUGUUUGGUUCGACAGUUUCCCCUCCAAGGAUGACAGGCAUCAGUGUUUGGUUCGACAGUUUCCCCUCCAGAAGAUGACAGACAUCAGUGUUUGGUUCGACAGUUUCCCCUCCAAGGAUGACAGAAUCAGUCUUUGGUUCGACAGUUUCCCCUUCGAGGAUGACAGGCAUCAGUGUUUGGUUCGACAGUUUCCCCUCCGAGGAUGACAGGCAUCAGUGUUUGGUUCGACAGUUUCCCCUCCAAGGAUGACAGGCAUCAGUGUUUGGUUCGACAGUUUCCUCUCCGAGGAUGACAGGCUUCAGUGUUUGGUUCGACAGUUUCCCCUCCAAGGAUGACAGACAUCAGUGUUUGGUUCGACAGUUUCCCCCCCAAGGAUGACAGAAUCAGUGUUUGGUUCGACAGUUUCCCCUCCAAGGAUGACAGAAUCAGUGUUUGGUUCGACAGUUUCCCCUCCAUGGAUGACAGGCUUCAGUGUUUGGUUCGACAGUUUCCCCUCCAAGGAUGACAGAAUCAGUGUUUGGUUCGACAGUUUCCCCUCCAAGGAUGACAGGCAUCAGUGUUUGUUUCGACAGUUUCCCCUCCAAGGAUGACAGAAUCAGUGUUUGGUUCGACAGUUUCCCCUCCAAGGAUGACAGAAUCAGUGUUUGGUUCGACAGUUUCCCCUCCAAGGAUGACAGACAUCAGUGUUUGGUUCGACAGUUUCCCCUCCAAGGAUGACAGACAUCAGUGUUUGGUUCGACAGUUUCCCCUCCAAGGAUGACAGACAUCAGUGUUUGGUUCGACAGUUUCACCUCCAGAAGAUAACAGGCAUCAGUGUUAGGUUCGACAGUUUCCCCUCCAAGGAUGACAGGCUUCAGUGUUUGGGUCGACAGUUUCCCCUCGAAGGAUGACAGAAUAAGUGUUUGGUUCGACAGUUUCCCCUCCAGAAGAUGACAGAAUCAGUGUUUGGUUCGACAGUUUUCCCUCCAAGGAUGACAGACAUCAGUGUUUGGUUCGACAAUUUCCCCUCCAAGGAUGACAGAAUCAGUGUUUGGUUCGACAGUUUCCCCUUCGAGGAUGACAGGCAUCAGUGUUUGGUUCGACAGUUUCCCCUCCGAGGAUGACAGACAUCAGUGUUUGGUUCAACAGUUUCCCCUCCAAGGAUGACAGACAUCAGUGUUUGGUUCGACAGUUUCCUCUCCAGAAGAUGACAGACAUCAGUGUUUGGUUCGACAGUUUCCCUCCAGAAGAUAACAGGCAUCAGUGUUUGGUUCGACAGUUUCCCCUCCAAGGAUGACAGGCUUCAGUGUUUGGUUCGAAAGUUUCCCCCUCCAAGGAUGACAGAAUCGGUGUUUGGUUCGACAGUUUCCUCUCCAGAAGAUGACAGGCUUCAGUGUUAGGUUCGACAGUUUCUAGCCAGAAGAUGACAGGCAUCAGUGUUAGGUUCGACAGUUUCUCGCCAUAAGAUGACAGGCUUCAGUGUUUGGUUCGACAGUUUCCCCUCCAGAAGAUGACAGGCAUCAGUGUUAGGUUCGACAGUUUCUCUCCAGAAGAUGACAGGCAUUGGUAUUUGAUUCGACAGUUUCCCCUCCGAGGAUGACAGGCAUCAGUGUUCGAUUCGACAGUUUCCCUCAAGAAGAUGACGAUCAUCAGUAUUUGGUUCGACAAUAUAUUCUUCUCCCCUGAAGAUGGCAGUGCUUUUAGUUGGAAGUUCUCUUAUUUUUUUGGAUGUAAAUUAUAUUGAUGCAAUGACUUGUUAUAUUUGCUUUCCUUAUGGUUUUGUUUCUCCUUUGUUUCUCUGAUGUUUUUCAGGGCGAGAGUUUGUAUAUGUAAAACACUUUAUAGAUGAUUGAAUAAAUUGUUUUGAAAAUGAAA